UCUUUCAUGCCAGGCAGGGCAGGAACACGUGGACYGGACAAGUGAGCUGGGGUCAAGUUCUAGAAGAGAUACAGAGCAGGAAAACCUUCUUCUUUUUUUUUUUUUUCAAAUUCCACCGGCGCCAGAGCAUCAGCUGGUACCGAGCUGCAGGAGCAGGAGGCAGAAGAGCUGCUGGACAGCUAAAAAGGGAGCAGAGGACUGGAAGUGAUAAGAUGAGAAGUAGGCCUGCGCUACUGAAGCUUUGUCCAAAAGAGACCAUUCUGGAACUUGUCCUUGUGUUGUGGUUGGGGUUGCGUGUCCUGGCCGUGUGUCCCUCCACGUGCUCCUGCACCCACAGCCACAGAGAGGUGGACUGCUCCCAGAGGGGCCUGAAACAGCUGCCUCAUGGCCUGCAGCACAACAUCCGCUCCCUCAACCUGUCCCACAACCAGCUUCGCAGCCUGGACGACGAGCUGGCGUCGUACUCCCACCUCCGGAGGCUGGACUUGUCUCACAACCGGCUGAGCCGGCUGCCCGAAGACCUGCCCCGCUCCCUCUGGCAGCUGCACGCCGCCUCCAACCGCAUCCAGCUGCUGGACAAGAACGACACGGCCUUCCAGUGGAACCUGAAAACGCUGGACCUCUCCAACAAUCAUCUGCAGAGGGCCAUCUUCAUCAACAACACGCUGAUUAAUCUGAGGACACUCAACCUGAGCUGCAAUCAYUUCUGGACUCUGCCCACCAACCUGCCCACACACGUGGAGACCAUUGAUCUGUCUCACAACCUGCUUGUGAAGGUGCUGCCCGGUUCUCUGGACCGACUGACGAAAGUAACUCAUUUCUACCUUCAUGCUAACCGCUUCUCCUCGCUGCCAUCGGGAGUUUUGGACAAACUGGUCUCACUUAGGGUCMUCACUUUGGGCAGCAACCCUUGGGCCUGCCAUCUUUAUGCCGACAUGGACUACCUGCUCUCCUGGACUAAGCAGACCUCGACACGAGUCCUGGGCUGCCCCUGCCACACCCAGCCCGUGUGUGGAGGGGCGCACCCCAACAGGACCGGAGGCUGGCACUUCGCCCCCUACAGCGACUCCGACCAGAGCGCCACGUCUUCUGAAGCCGCCGCGACUCCAUGGUGGUACUUGUCGGUUUCUGCUUUGCUCAGCACGCCUCAACCGCCCCGCGCGACCUUAAACAAAGAGCACACCGCCUUCUCAACCACACCCAUCAGCUUUUCCGCCUUGACCCACGGAACCAUUAAUCACCAGGCUGCAACUGACGGCCCGAAUAACAUCGAUCAUCUCAUCUCUGGCACAAAGGAAGCUUCCCCUUCUGACUCCCCCCACACCUCRGACUCGUUCUAUUUCUCCGAGAAAAGCCUCAUUACUGACACGUCCGWGGGGAAUGGCAUGGGGCUGGCCACAAAUCGAUUCUUUACAACAGAGAGCCCCUCGGCCCAAACAAAGAGGACGACCACUCUUCGCACGAGAAGCGUGAGGAGGCAGAAUCAGUCGUUUCCAAGUGGCACCAGGAACAGCGGUCCAUCUCUUCCUGCCUGCUCUUUGCUCCCUUUGCUUCACACCUUGGUGCUUUUGUCUUUCACGGUCUUCUGAAAGACCACAGAGAAACGAACUUGUGAUUUUACCGCAAAAAAUGACUGAAAACGAGAACACUUGUUGCAUCUAAAGUACCAAGUUUCCUGAAAGUUCAGACUAAAAAAGGAGAGGUUUGAAAUCAUUCAGCCUCAUUAGAUAAAAUAUAGUUGUGACAACACUGAUGCCAGCACUGUUAUUUUUAUUUUGGAGAACAAGUGCAUGUUUAAUAUGGAACUGCAUCGCAACAGUUUGUGUCAGUAUUUUUGAAAGAUUUUGAACCACAGAAAACCGUUGCUGAGACUUAAAAUAUGUUUUUUUUCUCUCUCUUGAUCAGAUUUCAUUUCCAGCAGCUCCUCAUUUUGUUUGAAACCUUUGUUCUGUUAAAAUGCACAAAAUACUUMAGCAUGUGAGAGAUUCAAACCACAAGGAGGUUAGCUGGGCACCUGAACUCAUUUAUGUCAGAGCCAGGCAAUUUUUGCCACCAUUUUUGACCAGUCGGUUCGGAUGUUAUCAGU